GGGGGGGGCUGGCGAGAGGGGUGUGUGCGCGCGUGUUGGACUGGACAGCCAAGCUAAAGCAGAACCAGGUGGACCAGAGCAGCCAUGCUUCCCGGGGUGGGCGUGUUCGGCACCAACCUCACCGCUCGAGUCAUCAUCCCUCUGCUGAAAGACGAGGGUUUCGCGGUGAAGGCGCUGUGGGGCCGCACACAGGAGGAAGCGGAGGAGCUAGCCAAAGAGAUGAGCGUUCCCUUCUAUACGAGUCGCAUUGACGAGGUGCUGCUGCAUCAGGACGUGGACUUAGUGUGCAUCAACCUGCCGCCGCCCCUCACCAGGCAGAUCGCUGUCAAAACCCUGGGCAUAGGCAAGAAUGUCAUCUGCGACCGCACGGCCACGCCGCUGGACGCCUUCCGCAUGAUGUCGGCCGCCCACUACUACCCCAAGCUCAUGAGCAUCAUGGGCAACGUGCUGCGCUUCUUGCCGGCCUUCGUGCGCAUGAAGCAGCUCAUCGAGGAGGGCUACGUGGGCGAGCUGCUGGUGUGCGAGGUGCAGGUGCACAGCGGCAGCCUGCUGGGCAAGAAGUACAACUGGAGCUGCGACGACCUGAUGGGCGGAGGCGGCCUGCACUCGGUGGGCACCUACAUCAUCGACCUGCUCACCUUCCUCACUUGCCAGAAGGCCCUCAAGGUCCAUGGGCUGCUCAAGACCUUCGUGAAGCAGACCGACCACAUCAAGGGCAUCCGCCAGAUCACCAGCGAUGACUUCUGCACCUUCCAGAUGGUGCUGGAGGGCGGGGUGUGCUGCACCGUCACCCUGAACUUCAACGUGCCCGGAGAGUUCAAGCAGGACGUGACCGUGGUGGGCUCUGCCGGGCGCCUGCUGGCGGUGGGCACGGACCUGUACGGCCAGCGCAAUAGCGCCCCGGAGCAGGAGCUGCUGCUGCAGGACUCCACACCUGUCCGCAACUCCCUGCUGCCGGAGAAGGCCUUCAGCGACAUCCCCUCGCCCUACCUGCGGGGCACCAUCAAGAUGAUGCAGGCCGUGCGCCAGGCCUUCCAGGACCAGGACGACCGGCGCACGUGGGAUGGCCGGCCGCUCACCAUGGCUGCCACCUUCGACGACUGCCUGUACGCCCUGUGUGUGGUAGACACCAUCAAGAGGUCCAGCCAGACGGGCGAGUGGCAGAACAUUGCCGUCAUGACGGAGGAGCCGGAGCUGAGCCCCGCCUACCUGAUCAGCGAGGCCAUGCGCCGGAGCAGGAUGUCCUUGUACUGUUAGCGCAGCCUGGGGACCUAAGCGCAGACUAAGGCCUUCUGCGUGGGGCCCAGAGGGAAAGGUGUGGGAGAGAGGUAUCAUCCAGGAGUGUGGGGAUGGGGAGGUGGAGGGACAAUGGGAACAGGUGGUAUCUGAGGUGAACCGCAGCCCAGGUGAGGGGCCCAAACAAGACUGUCAGGAUGCUGAGUGUUCAGAGGGCCUGCCUUUCCUGAGAUCAUCCCUGCUGGGCAUUUGCAUGGGAGGGAGGAGGUUUAGCUGCCUCUGCUGCCCUUUACCGUGAGGAGCAAGGGGGGUGCCUUUCCCCUUCACCUCAUCCACUCCCCAUACCUUGGCCUCCUUUGCAAGCCAAAUGCUCCGGUGAGGUCAAGCUCAGUUGGUGUGGCCUCCCUAUUCUGCCCCCCAUGAAAAAUCUCGCAGGAGAAGGCACAUCCUCCUACGUCCACACAAGCCUGUUGGCCUGGGGAAAGGUGGGGGUGCAAUGGGCUACUGAGAAAGUUCAAAUUCCAGGAAGCCGCUUUAAGUGUCUGGAGGCAAAAGUACUUGGCAACGAAGUGUACAGCUUUCUUGAUUGAUUGGUCUUCCUCAUAGGAAGCAGGAGGGAGUGUCUUCCCAAUUGGCCCGCUGCCCUUCACUUGGCCUGAGGUGGGGGUAAGGGAGUGCUGGGAAUGCCAGCAGGGACAGGGCUUCUUUAAGCCAAAAUGAGAGAGCAAGAGCAUAACCCGCAUGGAAACAGACGGGGCAGAGAAAAGCAUAUCCCUUUGAACUCCUCAGCAAUUAAAAAACUGCAAGAAGCCAUCUUAUAACAAGUACUUCUGGUGGCGAGUUGAGUGUAAGAGGGAUUCCAUGCUGAAGUGUCGAGGUUGUCCUUUCACCUGGCUCCCCAGUUAAGGCCAAGGAGUCAGGAGGAGGUUUGGGCCUGCCUGCAAGCUUAUAGCUGCCCUCAAGAGGUGGGGCAGCUGCGUGCCCCAGUGUUGCACUGGGUGUUCCCCCCAGAAGGGAAAGGAGCCAGCCCUGGAUUUGUGUUCCAACACCCAUGCCUCCUACAAGCCAGGGAAGGGCUUUUAGGAGUUUCACGCAGCUCUGUGGAGGGAUGUAAAAGGCAAGUCUUCAGUUCCACUCAGAUAUAAUCCACUUCCCUUAAAAAGAAGUAAAGGCUCUUUUCUCUAGCUUUGACCUUUGUUUUCAUGAUUCUGGUACCCCCCCCCCCAAAUGUAACAGGUGUUAAACAAAAGGACAACAAGGAACAUAAGUUUCAAUGUUUUUAAAAUGGGGUUUAGAGGCCUCUCAGGUGAAUCUUCAUGGAGGAUUGAGAAGCUGAUGUUGGAAAAAACAUUCUUCUA